CACAAGUACUGCUUGCAUUUAAGUAGGGUUUUUAUCUAUCACCAUCGGCAGCCUGAUUUAAAUUCCCAGAGGAACAGAUAAUUCAUUGAAUUGUCUGUCAUGGAAAAUGGGGAGCUUAGCAAUGCACAUGAAAAAACGGAGGAAGAUAGGUUUUAUGAAAAUCCAAAUUUAGAGGAAGGAGAAUGUGAACAAGUCUCUAAUCAGAGCAGUGGAGAUUCACCUUCUCCUUGUUUAAUUGCCAUGCUAGACAACAUGGACAUUAGAUGUGAGAACAGCAUAGAAUUUAGCCAGCAAAACUCUUGUUCCUCUCAGCAUGGCUCUGACAGGGGGGAAGAAACAGAUUCUCCACAAGAUGGUCUUGAAGACAAUCAAUACAAAGAUAGAGAGGACAGAGCAUUUGAAAGGGCAAUGACUAUGGAGGACAUUUUCAAAACUUCAAGAAAUACCGUCAGAUUUCCCUUCAGCCAUAAUUCAGAAGAAAACAACAAUUUUCCAAAAGAAGAACAUAAGAUUUUCCUUCUUGUUAAGGCUGGCAUAGAUGGAGAAAGCAUUGGGAACUGUCCAUUCUCACAGCGUCUUUUCAUGAUACUUUGGCUCAAAGGGGUUGUAUUCAAUGUAACCACAGUUGAUCUGAAAAGAAAGCCUGCUGAUUUACAUAAUUUAGCUCCGGGGACCCACCCACCAUUUUUGACUUUUAACGGAGAAGUCAAGACUGAUGUUAACAAGAUUGAGGAAUUUUUGGAGGAAACUCUUUCACCUCCAAAAUAUCCUAAGCUUGCAGCCAAGCAUCGUGAAUCCAAUACUGCAGGCAUAGACAUAUUCUCCAAAUUCUCUGCGUUUAUCAAAAACACAAAGCAGCAGGACAAUAACAGUCUUGAGAGAGGGUUAACAAAGGCUUUGAAGAAGUUGGAUGACUAUCUGAGAAAUCCUUUGCCUGAAGAGAUAGACACAAGCAACACUGAAAAGGAAAGAGUGUCAAAACGCAAUUUUCUUGAUGGGGAUGAGCUGACCCUUGCCGACUGUAACCUCCUGCCCAAGCUUCAUGUUGCCAAGAUUGUAACAAAGAAAUAUAGAAAUUAUGAAUUCCCAGCAGAAAUGACAAGACUGUGGCAAUACCUGAACAAUGCUUAUGCUCGGGAUGAAUUCAUCAACACUUGUGCUGCAGACAAAGAGAUUGAAAUAGCUUAUGCAGAAGUAGCUAAACGGCUUUGCAAAUCCUAAUCAGAAUCAGCAAGAUCCAUUUCUCCAGAGAAUUCCUGUUUUAUAGAUGCUUCUCCCCAAAUGCCUUAAAAUAUGUAUGUAUGGAAGUUGGAUAACUUUGACAAAAUUGAUAAUUUUUCUGGAUGCACCUUGACCAAUAUUUCACUGAUGAAAUACUGAGUAAAGACAGUAUGGAAUAGAGAAAGCACAACUCCAAAUUAUUAUGUUUUAUAAUUUAUGAUUUGGUGGGAGUACUUGGAGAGAGGGGGACCUUCCCUUUUCUUAGAGAAAACUUUUCUGAAAUCUUUACCAAUAAACUGGAAGAAACGCUAUAUGGUCCACAGAUAUCAUUUGGCUUUAUUCAUAUAUUUGGGCUAAAAAUUUAAAGGUAAAUAUAAAGUAAACUUUUGCCUUAUUUCUUGCAAAUGUUUUUUCAUGGACACUAAUUAUGAUCUAUCUGAAAAUACUGUAUGCUGCAAUUAGGAUUGGGAAGCUUAAAUCUGGAAGGAAACUAGGGAUGAGAAUAAGAAAAUGUAUCUUAAGCAGAAUGUUGCUUUAGGACUAUUUAGCAUAAUUUACGGCCUUCAUGCAUCCGGUUUUCUUCCAUGCAGAAGAUGGAAGCAUUGAAAUAGUGAUUCAAAAAUGUUAUAUGUCUUCAUGGCUUGGGGGAUGUUAGAAGGAGUGAUAUAGGAACAAGAUCUAGAUAAUCUUA